CGCCAGCAACAGUGUUGUUUGGCACAUCGCGUCGCCCGGACGUGAAGUCGGUCUGAUAACGUGUAAAAGUGUAGCGUACAGUGCGGUUAAUUUAAAAAAAAGUUGCGGCUGAUUUGCCAUUAUGGUGUUGACAGAGCAAACCGAUUUAAAGGCGGGCGACCUAAUAUACAGUGACAACAUGAUGGAAGACAAAAUGAAGGAGUCACAGAUUCAGAAGCUCUUCAAUGGUUCGUCGGUGCUUCUCACUGGAGGCACGGGAUUCCUGGGGAAACUUCUAGUUGAAAAAUUAUUGAGAUCUUGCCCGGAUAUAAAGAAGCUAUAUCUAUUAACAAGACCAAAGAAGAAUAAAGAAAUUAUAAAAAGGUUACAGGAACAAUUCGAUGACCAGCUCUACGAUAAAUUAAGGAAGGUGCUACCAGACUUCACGGAAAAAAUUGUUAUAAUUGAAGGGGAUGUGGGACAGAAGGACUUGGGCAUCAGUGAAGAAGAUAGAUUGAAGAUUACUAAAGAGGUGGAAUUUAUCUUUCACGGUGCAGCUACGGUGCGUUUUGACGAAGCAUUAAAAACGGCUGUCGAGAUCAACGUACGGGGCACGAGGGAUAUGCUACACCUCGCCCGCGCUUGUACUAAACUACGGGCUUAUGUGCAUAUUUCUACUGCUUAUAGCAAUUGCCCGUUAAAAGAAAUUGACGAGAAAUUCUACGACGCCGCGCUGGCUGGUGACAAAUUAAUAGACCUUGUAGAAAACAUGGACGAGAAAACGCUCAAUUGCAUCACUCCAGGAUUGCUCGGGGAAUUUCCAAACACGUACGCAUAUACCAAGUCGGCAGCUGAAGACAUAGUACAGAAAUACUCAAAGGGACUUCCCGUGGCCAUGUUUAGGCCGUCUAUAGUGAUUGGGACGGCGAGAGAACCCCUUCAAGGAUGGAUCGACAAUGUUUACGGUCCUACCGGGGUUGUAGUCGGUGCAGCAGUAGGCCUCAUUCACGUCUUGAACUGCAAUCCCAAAGCGAUCGCCGACUUAGUUCCCGGCGACAUGGUGGUGGAUGGCUGCAUAGCGGCUGCCUGGAAGACUGCUCGAGACUACCCUGGGAACCACGAGGAAGCUCCUAUGGACCAGCUGCCGACAGUUUAUAAUUACAUAUCAUCAGAGCAAGCGCCAAUUUCGUGGGAAAACUUCAUGAAAUACAACGAACUACACGGAUUUCAAGUGCCGACCAACAUGGCCAUAUGGUUCUACGUGUUUAUGCUGACGCCUUCAAAGUUCCUGUACAAUAUCUACUGCUUCUUCCUGCACUGGAUACCGGCUUACGUGGUGGAUGCUGUUCUAGUCUUGAUCGGGAAGAAACCUAUGUUACGAAAAGCAUACCAAAAAAUAGACAAAUUCUCAGCUGUUAUAGGCUAUUUCGCCCUCAGGGAAUGGAAGUUUCAUAACAGGAACACACAGAACCUGUACAAAGAGCUCUGUGAAAUAGACAAGGAGCUAUUUAACUUUGAUAUGAGCUCGGUGAACUGGGAUGAAUACUGCAAGGCAUACAUCAAAGGAGUGAGGAUACAUCUUCUUAAGGAUCCCCUGGAUACGAUCCCCCAAAGCAAGAGAAAACAUUUCAGGCUUAAGAUUUUACACUAUUUCUGCGUUGGACUUAUUUGCUUAGGACUAGCUAAAUUAUUGUUGUUCUUAAUAAGAUUGGUUGUAGGUUAGUUAGGAUAAUUUUAAGUAAGACUGUGUUCUUGCCUCAGACAAAGAAUCGAGGUGGACUUGACAUCGAAAUAAUAAAACCUUGUUAGAGCAAGCAAGCAUGGAAAAGCUCUGAAGAGGGAUAAAGACAGAAAAAAAUGUUAUGUCUGUGUCAUAGUUUAGCUUUUUUUUGUUGGGCACAGAUAACAACUGUGUGAUAGUCUCUGUGAUAGUAAUUUAUUGCGAAUUUUACGAGGUUUAAGUUUUGCGUUUUAAAUUUAGUGUUGAAGGUGUAUAGAAAGGUCAUUUAUGGUACAUUGCUGUGUGAUCGGCUGUAACGGCCAUAGCGAGCUCAAAUUAAGAAACAUAUCACCUUUUAUUCGUUCGUAUGAUUUGUUUUGUCCCUUUCGGGGAUACGCGUCUGACAAGUCCACCUUGAUUCUUUGUCUGAGGUUCUUGUAAAUAUAAAAGACGUUGUUAGUGGGUAGAUAGUAAAUACAUGUAAUAAAUCGUACUUAAUAUAAAAUUUUGUUGCAAUCCUAUGACCAUAGACCAAUCGGUUUAUUAAUAUGUAAGAUCAAGGUGCUAUGUUACUCGUCUUGUUGAUCUAAUGGUUAGCAUAUUUUCGGUUAGCGAGUAUCUGGGUUCGAUUCCCGGGUGCGGCAAAAAAUAAGUAUGGAGUUUUUUCUGCCAAGAAAUUUUCAGUGCUAGCCCGGAGGCAGAAAGUCGAGUUUUACACCCGUGCGUAGGACAGUAUCAUAUUAUAAAGCCGUCCUGCGACUGAUUACUCUCCGGUCAUGUCGGAUUGCCGUCCCAUUAGACUGUGAGAGUACGGAAAUAGAGUGCACUUGUGUUUCCGCAUACCUAUUAUGAUGCUGACGAGGAAGAUAUCUGAAUCAAGUUUCAUAGCAUUAAAGUAGACAAACAUAAUCCCACUUGAAUUAAGUAAUUUCAGUAAGUACGUAGAACAAUCAUUGCUAAAUAAACUUAUUUACCUUAUAGCUAUAAGUAAGUACAAUAAUUCUAGUUUAUAAAAUGUGUGCUCAAAUCGUAUUUAAUUAAUUGCCAUUUUAUUAUAUACCAGUUUUUUUAAUGCAAAUAUAGAAAAUUGUGAAAAAAAUAAAAUAUAUUUGGAAAAUG